ACACACACACAUCAAAAUGAACCCAAGUGGUAAGGGAGCCGGUCCGGAAGGGUUUCAAACGCAGCCAUUAAAUCAGCCACCAUACCCUGCCCAAUCUCCACCAUACCCCGGCCAAGUGCCGGCAGCUGGCGGAGGAUAUCCGCAUCCCACGGCCAACGUAUCCAACUAUGCUCAUCCGCCACCUCCGCCACCGUACGAUGCUAACUCAAACGUGAUCCCACCACCACAGAAUCCCGGCACAACCUAUGUGCAAGUUGUAACCAGUCCACAGGUGGGACCAGACCCAGCCUCGAUGGUGUGUCCCUCCUGUACCAAGCAUGUGAUCACGCGAUUGGACUAUGAAACAUCUACCAAAACGCACAUCGCAGCGGGCCUGCUAUGCCUUUUCAUCUGUUGGCCAUGCUUCUGGAUACCGUACGUGAUCGAUUCGUGCAAGAACGCUAAUCACUACUGCCCGAACUGUGGGGCCUACAUCGGAACAUACCGUGGUUAG